GCAAGUAUCAGGAAUAUCCAGAAGUCGACAAAAGUAUUCUAUACAGUUUACUGUUGUGUGACAAGUACACUGCUACUGUAAAUGGGGAGGCGUUCACGUCAAUAUUGAUAAAGAUACGAGAAAGGUAUUACCAAAGGAUUUCUCCGUCUGAUGAUGUUGAUGUGACAUCCCUUCAAGAUGAUGUUAUGGAAACCCAGAAUGGUGAGGUUACGUUUGUAUCAGACGACAUCCGACAUGACAUCAUGUACGCCUUUGUUACGGAGUGUCUGGUGGAGGACAGUGAUCUGGAGUUUUUCCUGACCACGGCGUCACGUGACGUGAUCUCAGAAUACUGCCGGUCCUGGAAUUAUAAGAGGAGUGAGGGAGAGAGAUGUCUGUAUUUACCGGACAGACCGGAGAAGAUGUACGACCUCUUCAUAGACAAACUACAGCUGGACAUCAUCACACACUGUACCGUGUCUGACAGGGGGAUUCAUGGCAGGAUCAGUAGACGUUUGAAAGUACCACGGGAAAUAUUGGAAUGGGACCAGAAAGCCAGGGAGCGGUACGUUCAGUAUGCCGAGAGAGGGGGAGUACAGGAAGUCCAUCAUGCCCGGGGGAUGAUUGUAGGAUGUGCUGGGGCGGGAAAAACAACACUACUGAAUCGUCUACUCAAGCGAAGUAUGAAGGAAAUAAGAAAGUUAAAAUCAACGAAAGGACUUGAGGUUCACGAGGAAAUAUUUGAAAUCUGUGAAAAGCGAGGAACAUUAAUAAAAGGUAGAAAUACAAAAGAAAUAAAUUUUACAAUUAUAAAUUCAAAAUUACAUGGGUCUAUGGCUGCAGUUAUUUUUUCAUUUUAA